AUGGUGGCCACAUUACUGGAAAAUAUGGCAAUGUCAAGAAAUUUGAAAACUGGAAAAGUUAGGGAAAAGUUUGUUGAUGAUAUUAUGAAUAUUGAUGUUGCUGACGAGGAAAGCAUUUGUGAAUUAUUGAAUAAUAAUCUGGAUUCACCAGCAGAGGUCAAGACGACAGUGAAAGAAUUGUUUGAUAAAGAGAGACGAAUCGGAGCGGAUCGCAUAAUUCAAUCCGAUGAUUACGACUAUGUCGAUACUCGAGGGCCAUGGAAAACGACUACGAAUCAAAUGCCAGUCGUCCUCGACUCAAAAUUUGAAAUUAAUAGUAUGGCGAAAAAAUACAAGACCGCUGCACAAAUCAUAUUACAGCACCAGGUACAUCGUGGCCAUGUUAUCUGCCAUAAGUCUCUUACAAAAUCACUCACGGAAGAAAGCUUAGAUAUUUUCGAUUUUGAACUCACCAAUGAAGACAUUGAACUCAUCGAAUUCUUGGCUUGA